UUAAUCUUUAUCAAAGUCCAUGUCACGUCUUUUUUUUGUUCAAGCAUAAAGUAAAGUAGAGGACAGCAUUUGGAAAAAAGCAUAACUUGACCAUAUUGAAUUUAAACAAAGAUAAAACGAGGGACAAUGCAUAGCCUAACGUGGACAUUUCUAAUAGUUCACUGUUUGGGUGCCAUGGCCACACAUUUGUCCCCUGUGCCCUGUAAUGACAAAAGUGUGGAGAAACUGGCACGACUUGCCAUAACUUACAUCAAUGAGGACCGACAAACAGGAUACAAAUUUGCCCUCAACCGGAUUUUCAAUGUCCACGUUCAUCCUCAGGGUCCGGCUGGGAAGGUCUACUACCUGGACCUGGACGUUCUUGAGACCAAAUGUCAUAUCCUAAGCCCCAAAUCCUGGAAGCGUUGUGACAUAAGGCCUUUCAUGGAAACACAAAUCUCUGGAAAUUGCAACACCACUGUUUUACACACGCCAGAUGGAUUCUCUUACCUGUACAGCUAUGACUGCACUCUGGUUCCAGAUGCGCCAGAAAAGUUACAGAGGACAUGUCCAGACUGCCCCCUCCUGUUAGCCAUAGACAGUGACAAGGCAGUGUCCACCGCUAAGACCACUCUUCAGAGAUACAACUACCAGAGCACCUUACCUGUCAAACUGACCUUAGGAGACAUUACCAGGGCCUCCCACCAGAUUUCUCCAGUUGCAGCUAGUUUUGUUGAGUAUACAGUACAGGAGUGCACUGUGACACCAGUGGAGGAGGUCUUGUGUGUGCCAGUGGAUGCAGGGAAAGGGGCCGUCGGAUUCUGCGUUGGGGUGGUUUUUGGUGCUGACCCUGUGCAGGCAGACGUUAAAGUGUCUUGUGAAAUAUUCCAACCGCAGCGCAUUGGGAUUUCAGCUGUUGUUCCACAACAAGAGGAAAAGUCUACCACUCAACAGGAUACUCCCACCCCUCCAGUUUAUGUUCCUGAUGCCCACGUCCCUACAUUUCAAGACACCAGUCAAGGUGGACUAGUAGACACUGUUCAACAGCUUAGACCACACCCAUCCCAUCUCCCUAUGUCCAGUGAAUCCAGCGAGUCAUCUGAGACAGGAUCUUCUUCAUCAGAAGAACUUCCAGGCUCUGUUCGUGUCGCCAGGCCUCCCCUAGACUUCCGCUAUGCAGCUUUGCGCCAGAAGAGACAAGCACCUGCAGUCAUCAAACCCCUACACAGCCCCACUUUCCUAGCUGGUUUUCCCAGCACACCCUCACCUUUCCGUUCCUGCCCUGGUGCUGCCCGCUACACUACUGUGUAGAAAUUUCUCAUACAAGAAUUUACACAUUGUUAAAGUUGGACGAAGUGGUGGAUUAGCAGAUGGAGCAUUUCUUAUGACUUUGUGCAAAAUAAAUCAAUCAAAAUCAAAUAAAAAUAAAUCAACUAAAUCAAUAUCACAUAAUACCUCUUAAUAAAAAAAAAUCAAGAAUAGGACAUUUAAAUGUUAACAUUAUGUUAAUGUUAGAUUGAAACCAGUAAGGAGACUUACUUUGAGCUAUGCCGUAACAAAUCAUUGGUAUUUCUAAGUGUAAGUAAGAUCUAAGAAGAAGCUGCACUCUGUUAUCCAUUCUUUUUUUGCAAAGAAUUUUUACAUUUUUUAGCACAAAACUUAAAAGCUUAAUAUGCCAUUCUUUAUUUUUGACAUGCUUAUUUUCUCCAAAAAUGCAAUAAUCCAAUAAAGAUUCUUUAAGCAAGACAUUCGCAGCUAUCUCCUAUGUAUGUAGUAAGUACACUUAACACACUCAUGUGCUGAUUUAAACAUAUUUUUAUUGGUGCCUCAUUCAAAUACAUUGAGUAAACACAUUUUACUGUUACAACAGAAACUAAAGUUAUUAGGGGGUGUAUUAUAUCUACACAUAUACAAUACCUUUACAGAUACACACGGCUUUAGUUGCAUUACAGUUUUUCUAAUUUUCUAAUCUCACUUAAUUUUUUUUGGCACUUCUAUUCCCAUUGUUUUCCGGCGUGUUUCACAUACAUCUACAGUGCAGUUAACACAGCUUACAGAAAAACACAAAAAUUCAUUGCAUAUCUUUGUAAAACAAAAGGAAAAUGUAGUGACGGCUUAUAGAAAAUACAUUUUAUAUUUAUAAAUACCUUCACCACUCAUGUGCUGGUAAGACUGACAAUAUACAAAACUGAUUAAUAAAAAGACAGGUACCAACUGAGACUGUGAAACAGUCAAUGGAUUCUAUCAGAGACACUAUAUAUAAAACUCUGUACUGCUCACCCUCAAUUGUUCCAUAUUCAUUGAGUGGAAAGGGGAAAUACUGUGGAAAAGCUCUAAUAAGGACUUAUAUUUGCAUGUUGGAAAUGUUAAUAAAAUACAACUGAUAUUUACUGCUUUCCAAGACACAUACCUUUAUACAGGAUAACAUGGCAGUUUGCCAUGUAAGCUUCCAUAGUCCAGUGUCAGAAAACAGAAGGUCAUUUACACUGAAUAUUGCAUAAUAUUCUUCCAAAUCUAUUUGGAUUUUGCCAGUUGCUGUUGUAUACUACAGCUAGACUUGCUUUAAAUCAGACUCAGAUGUGCAGGCAUGUACUGUUGAAAUCUGACUUAAUUUUCUUAGUAACAAAAGCAAAACCAUGUGUCCUAUGUUUACUGAUAUUUCCCCUCUAAAUCAGUUUUGGUUGUUUUUCAUUGAGAAUAUGAAGCUAUGUGUUUUUCCAUUGGGGUCUCAUGUAUUCAUCGAUAUCCAACAAACAUGCACAAAACAUCACACAUUAGUAUGGAAAGGGUAUUUUUUAUCAGAAUAGUUAAAUGGAUAAUUAUUGGAUUAAUUGGUGAUUCUUUCACUGUAGCUAUGCAAUGCUACAUCUAGGGCUCUUGAAGGUACAUAUUGAAUGCUCCAUUUGUUGACUAUACUUCAGAUUAAUGAUUAAUAUUUAUCAUCAAAAUAUUUCUGUUUUACCACUAAAUUUCUCUUGUACGGUAAGAUCCACAUUUCAGAAUCUGCUCAGGAAAAAUAUUUCUGGCAUGUCUUCACCUGUCCUGGGAAGGCUAUCCAUAGUUAUAACUCACUGUGGUGCAUUGAACAUUUGAAAAUGAAAUGAAAUGCCUAUAUUUGCAA